AUGUCUGAUAUUGAUGAGCGAGAUGACUUCAUUGAAGAUGAUUACUACAUGGAAGCCAUCGAUGACAAUGAAGUUAUAGAUCUGGGAGAGGAUGUGCAACCUUUCUCUUUGAAUUUAAACAAGAAUAUCAAGGGUUUUCAAGGAAAUAUUUUCCUCAAAAAUUAUGAGUAGGAUUAGCAUAAAGUCAAAACAAAAUAUAACUCUUAUUCAGAUGAUGAAUUUGAAUAAGAGGCAGAUGAGGAUACCUAAGAUUUUAAGCCAGAGCCAGUCAAAGUUGAAGAUAAACAGGAACAGAAUAUAUUUGGAUCGCUUAAAUUUGACAGAUUUGAUGAAGAACAAGAAAUAUAGAUUGCAUAUGAUAAUGAAGAGGAUGAGAGAGACUCCGACUUUGACAAAGAAUAGGAGGAUAAACCAGAGAUCAUCCAAAUUGAAAAUGUAUAAUCACCUGAAAAGUCCUUCAACGACGAUGAGGACUCUAAUAACUUGAUCGACUAAAGAGUAUUCAAUAGGUUUUCUAGCACAUUCAAGUUUAAUGGAAACGAAUUCCAAGAUUUUAAAAAGACAAAGAACUACAAUAAUGAGGAAGAGAGUGAUCAUUUUCGUGAUAACUAAUUUGAUUUCGAUGAUUUUCAGCCAAUUUAAGAUGAAACUUUCGAAGAUUUUGAUUUUUAACCUGAGUAAAGAUCACCCUUAAAGGAAAAAAAUAAAAAUGAUGAUAAAGAUUAGGAUCCUGCUCCUUUCAACUUUGAGUUUAGUAAGAGUUCUAAAAAAUUAGAUCAGCUCUCUCUGUUGAGAGGAGGAACAGAUUAAUAAAUAGACAUUAGAAAAGGAAUUUCAGUGGAAAAAUAUUUUACAGAUAAAAAGGAAAUAGAGGUGAUUCAACACAAUGAUAAAAAAGAAGAGCCUGAAAUGCUUUCCAACAAAAAUGUUGAAAUAAUAAAGCAGACUAAGCAUGAUAAAUUCUUUGAGGUUCAGAAGGCAAAAGAGGAACAGAACGAUGAUGAAGAUGAGAUUGAAGAGGAACGUGAUUUUGGAAGUGACGAUUCAGAUCUUGAAAGAGAUGAUCAAGAGAGGGACAAAGAUUUGGAUGAAUUAUUUGGCUUUAAGAAAGAAAAUGUAGAGAAAUUAAAAGAGGACAAAUAAAAGGAGGUAGAUGAUGGUACUAUAAAGUUAGAUUUUAACUUCGAGGACUGGAUAACUGGUGUUAAGUAUGAAAGAUGGUGCAUUAUAGAUGGAGCAAGACCAUAAAAUGAAACAUCAGACAAAACUGUUAUCGAAAAGCAAGUUAAAAUAUCCAAAAGACUAAAUCAUAUCAUGGAAAGAUUAUUUCAAAAUAUAAUGAAAAAGAAUCAAAAGAUUCCAACCUAGCCCAUCAAAUUCAAGAAAAGAUCUAGAUUUAUAGCUAAUUAAAUAGAAGUAAUGACUGAUUUCAUGUUAUUAUCAGAACAAUAAAUAAUGUUGCAACCUUAAAAUCCCUAGAUAUAUACUGAUUCAGAGAUAUCUAUUUCAAAGUAAAUCUAAUAAAGAAUGCUUAAAACAUUUUAAACGAAUUUUUAAAAGAAAAAAAUUCCAAUAAUUAUAGAAAAAUGUCAAUCUUAUAGAGACUAUGUAAUCCACUCUGAAUAUUCCUAUUCUAAAGUGGACCAGUAUUAUAAUAAUUCGUUAAAUGAUGAGAAAGAAAUUUAAUACGAGGACUACCUUGAAAAUUACAAUGAGAAUGCAAUGAUUGAUGAGCAAUUUACCCAGCAAAUUAAAAUAUAAUUGAGACCUGAAGUUAUAUUUAAUCAAGUAUUUUAGGAGAAAAAAUUUAUGAGUCCUUAGAAAAUGUCUGUAAAUAAUAGAAUUUGUGUGCUAAGAUAAGAGAUAUUGCCUUUUGAAACCUCUUUUGAGACUUAAAGUCGAUCUAAUUUAAAUAAUUAAAGUAGCAUUUAAAGCAGUUCAAGUAAAAAGAUAAGAAUCUCUAGGAAAAGUAUUCAAUUUAUUUAGUAGGCAACUAAAGAGGCUAAAACAAAGGCUUAGUAAUUAAAUUAAGAUGAAGUUCCAUAGAGGAGUUCUUCAUCUUUUCCUUAUUCUGAUAGAAUAUAAAAUGAAUCAUAAAAUUUAGGUGGGAAACUGUUUCCUGUUAAAAUGAUAAAGAUAAAGCUUAAUGAUGGCUAAAAAACCAAACCUUUAUUGAAAGAGCAUAUUAACAAGAAUAGUAUGAUUGAAGAGGAGAAAAAUCAAAAGAUGACAAACAGUGUUGUAAAAAACUUCUCUAAAUCCAUAUAGAAUCGCAUUCGAGAAUUUUAGGCUGUGAACCCAAAACUUUUGAAAAUCAAAAAGAAUUUUAUGAAUCCUCAAGGCAAAAGUAAUUAGCAAUAGAGCUAAUAAGCUAAAUCAUUGGGAAUAAAUUCCACUAGUGAAGAAGUAUUUGAUAACAUAAAGUAAUAGCUAAUGUCUUAAAAGAGAUUAAAAGCAGAUCUCUUCAGGUCUUGCUUAGGUGACAAAAGCUAAACUAAAGAAAUAUCUACCAUUGUUGUAAAUUAAGAGAGCAAUUUAAGAGUUUCAAAACAGCUUUCGUUAAAAAAUUAAACAAAUAACUAAUUUCCUAAAGCUAAAAUCUCUAGAAUGAGCGAACUAAUAAAAAAUAAUCAUUAGGUGUUACACAUUGAAGAUUUGGAUUAAAAGUCAUUUACGGAGGAGGCUACCAAUGAAAUAAGUGAAAUCUAAAGUGAAGAUAGAAAUAAUAUGUUCUUUAACUAUGAUACUAGCAAUACUGCUAUUAAGCAGCCCAGAGUCAUAAGCAUUGAUAUGUAUCAAAACUAUACAGAUGUCAAGAAAAGAGAUAAAUCUAGGAAUUUAGAAGAAAGUAUGUCAUUAGAUGAAAUUAAACUUCCUGAAAAUCAAUUUCUUUCAUUUGGAAGUAAUGGAUCAUCUUAAAAUUCUAAUCGGAGAGAGCUAAAAAAUACUAUCUUAACAGCUAAUUUGCCUUCGAAUAAAAAUAUAACUGCCUCACUUUCACCUAGUAACAAUAGGCCUGUAAAAAUUAAAGAAAACUAAUUCAACUCAGAGUUAAUUGCGUAACACAUUAAGGAUAUCACCCCAGCUAAGCAGAUGAUCAACAAUUUUCUAUCUUGA